AUGAAAAUCAGAGAGAAAGAAGAUGAGGAAGGGCUAUUGAAUAGAAAAUCGAUUUCGUCAUCGGUUUUCAUUGAUGAUCGAUCGGACGAUGAUUUGAACGAAAAAUCAGAUGAUUCGGACUUUUCGCCGUGGCCUCACGUUUUCAACCUGGCCAAUUGCAUUAUUGGAGUUUCUGUGCUAGCAAUGCCAUAUGUAUUUCAGCAGUGCGGAAUCCUAUUAGCAUCAUUAAUGAUCGCUCUGUGUGCCGUAAUUACGAAAUUGACCUGCCAUUUUCUUGCUACAUCCGCUUUUAACACAAAAUCGGCUUCUUACGAAAGUUUGGCCCUUGCGACUCUCGGCUCCGCUGGCCGUCGUUUUGUUGAGUUAUGUCUUCUUUCCUAUUUGGUCUCUUCCAUCGUCGCUUUUAUUGUGGUUAUUGGUGAUAUUGGACCGCAUGUUGCCGCUGAAUAUCUUGAACUUGAAGCACCAACUCAGCGUCUUCGAAUUCUUGUAAUGCUGUUCGUUGUCAUUUUCAUUAUUCUGCCAUUGUCGAUUAUCGAUGAUUUGAAGAAAUUCUCAGUGAUCAGCUCGUUAGCUUGUUUGUUUUAUGCGUCAUUUGUCGUCAGAAUGGUUCUUGAAUCUCUUCCGACAAUUUAUGAAGGCGAAUGGAGCAUUCACGUUGUGUGGUGGAGGCCUCAAGGAUUCCUUACAUGCCUGCCAAUAGUUUGCAUGGCCAUGUGCUGCCAAACUCAACUGUUCCCGGUAAUCUCUUGUAUUCGAAAAGCUUCUGUUGAACGCGUGGACACUGUAGCGUCUCAAUCGAUUAACAUUUGUGCGGCCAUGUAUGCUGCUGUAGGCGUUUUCGGCUAUGUGGCAUUUUAUUCGAAAGAGCUUCAUGGUGACGUUUUGGUGCAAUUUGCGCCCACAUUCGUCACCCAAUCGCUUAAAAUUGCGUUUCUCCUCUCGAUCGCUGUUUCGAUUCCUUUGAUGCUGUUCCCGGCAAGAACUGCGCUGUUCUGUCUCGUUCUGCAGAAAUCCGACAAUCAACUUCAUCUCGAAAAAUCGACGUUUCACAUUUUAACUGCGGUCAUUUUGGUGUGCAAUACAGUUUUGGCUAUCAUGGUUCCAAAUGUGGAAUUCAUUCUCGGAUUGACUGGAGCAUUCAUUGGAAGCUUUGUCUCGACGAUUCUCCCUUCGCUGAUGUUUAUCGGAAUGAAUGCGCACGAGACAAAUCGAGCAAGAAAAUCUGAAACUUCGACAUUGAAUGCCAAGUUAUGCUUGAUUGUGGGGCUCUUCAUUUUGGUGGCGAGCACAUGUGCAAUCUUGUCAGCUGAAAAUAAAACAUCAGUUGUUGAAAAGCCAAAAGCCAAAGAGGAUUCGUCGGAAGAUAAACCGUUCCUGAAAUCGCUGGAAAUUCUUGAAGAACAAGUUCUCGACGCGAAUUUGAAUAUUUCCGCGAAACUUGACGAUAUAUCGGAAUUAGCUGCAAAAGGCAAUGAUUCGGAAGCCGUUCGAAUGCUCGUUGAAAUGAAGGAGCAGCAGCAACUUCAACAGGAACUCAUCGAGAAACAAGGCAAAAUUGUUGAGAAGCUCAACAAAAAGGUCGAGGAGACUGAAAAAGCGGCCACCGGUUUCAAUACUUCUACUAUUGUCACAGUAACCACUACCGUAACCAAUGCUACAGUACCACCACGCGUUGCAGAAUCGACCGUAACUUCGAAUAAUACCGUGAAGACGAAAAACGAUGAUGGUUUAAAAGUUUGA